ACAGAUAAACCAGACUGACGUGUUCAGUUUACAUACGUUAACGUCACACAGAUUUGAAGUGUGUGGGCAAAACGUCACGCCAGAUUCUAUCUAACGGCUGUCAAAUAUUCUAUUGACAAUUGCGCUCUUUUAUUUGUCCCAAUAACAACGCGACUACGCUGCGCUCUGCAAAUGAUUUACCCCUAUGUAAACACCGCCCUUUUAUAUUAAGGGUGGUACCACAACCGGGUUUUACGGGCUAUGGUAACAUUAAUGCUUAGCUGAUUGGACGAAACAGGUGGUUUUGAAGGAGAAGUUUCUGCAAGACUUUGAAUUCUACUUUUGAGUGUGUAGAGGGACAGGUUGGAGUUGAAUACCAGCUUAACCACUGCGGAAGAGUAUCGCACCGGGUCACUGACUUGUCACUGUAACAGGUAAAUCUUAAGAUGGCGUCACAGGAGUCGAGAUCAGACGACAUUUCGGCCUCCUCAGGACCGAUUGGACUGGUCAACGACUCGACAAGACGAACACUUGACGUCGCAUUGAGCGUUCUGAGUGGCCUCUUCAAACACAUGAGAGCCAACAGGAAGUUUCGGGACUGCUUCGAGCAGGAGACGAAUGUUGCCGAUCUCGUCCGAGUGGUGACUCCGAACGUCCUGCAAUGCCGACUGCCUCUGGAUAUCGGCAAAGACUGGGACGAUUUUGAGGUUUGGACUAGCCGAGACCAAGCGAGCAUUCCCGCCAACCAGGUCCUGUACAAAGUAUCCGAGAACCGGACCAAACCGGCGCGAUGGACGGCUUUCCUUGACGUAGAGCGUUACCUGAACCCCUUAAAGAUCUACACCUGGCUGUUUGGUAUCGUCUCGUCAGCUGUGCAGCAUCUGAAACUCACCAUACAGUCCGAACUGCGAUGGGUACGAGACGGCGACGUGCCCAAGCUGCCCUGGUCCCGGGUCGUUGACGUCAUCGUGCGACAGAAGAGACCUGUGGUGAUGUUGCUGAUAGAACGUUAUGGCGACUUUCCUACCAUCACGGUUGAGCUAGUGACGUCACUAACCUGUUACGGUUGGCCUGACAGCGCAGUCCCCUUGAACAAGCUGCCAAUGAGAAUGAAGCAUGAAGUAGAGGGAACCGUCAUCGUUUGGCACAUGGAAGCCAGGCAUUAUCCUGGUGCCACGUCUUCGUCAAAGUUCGGAGACGCGUCGGAAAUGAUCGAAGGGCGAAAAUGGGCGAUCUCGACCGAUUUGAUAGAAGACCGGCUCACCAAAAGUACUCUCCCGAUGUGGGAUUCCGUCAUGCUACAAAUGAAUCCAUCUGUCAUCAUGGCGCAUGCGCAGAUCGUGGACGAGAUCUGCUUUCUACCACAGAACGUGAUUCGCGCAUGCGUACUGUGGGAGGACAAUGACCUGACUGCCGACGACGUCGACGAAAAUGACAUGAACGGUGUCAGCGCGCGUGCGCAUGACUACUGGCGUCACGAAGAAGAACAGCUUCAAAACCACGUGACCGAGAGGUACAACGGUAACCAUGCCAACCACACCGGACCCUCCCUCUCUAACUCCCUGACCCGGGUGGACCUGAAGUUUUCCGAGAACCAGCACAUGGACGUGUGUGUGCGGAGUGAGUGGGGCCGGAGCGGGUUUGUGGCCCGGGUGGAGGCCCGGAGUGCUCCGGCAGAGACAAGCCGGGAGGACUCGUGGGAGGACGGUCUGCUGUGCGUGGAAGGGCCGUGGCAGGGUGUACUAGUACGGCUGCACAAGUGCAUGAGGACACGCUUCUGUAGGAGCUUCUUCUUCCCCGACACCAAUUUGCUGGCCGACCUGACGGACGCACAGAUAUCUGACGUGUCAGCCAACUUCUACACUCUACUGAGACACCUGAGCAGACUAUCUGCACGGAGAGGAGACUACUAGUACUGUUAACUAUUCAUGGUCUUAGUUUGUUUAUAUAUGUAGUUGUAUAGUUGAGUCAUUUCAUAGAUAUUUAUCACAACUUACUUGUACUGAUUCACAAUCAUUCGCAAGCAGUCACUUGUUUGGAUUACAUGUUGUAAUAUGAGUUCCCUCCUCUUAUUUGUUCUUGACGUUUGAAUGUGUAUGUUUGUAUUUCUGUAUUAAAUGUGUUUGCAUGGGUCCACAAUUCUCUGCACAUGAUAACUUUGAUAAUUUAUUCAAAUCUAUUCUAUUUAUCCCUUAUAUUACCUAUUUCAAUAUUUUGUUUCCUGUACAAUGAUGAAGUUGAAAAUGUACUAAUGUCAUAUGUUUAUUGGCGAUGGCCGAAUCAUUGACUUAAUAUCAUAUUCCUAUACCAGCAUAACGUGC